GACGUCACCGGCCGUCGCGGCUGAGUCCCAUCAUGUGAGUAAACGUCUAAUCGUGCGCGCUCACGUCGGAGUCGCGGCCGCGCGCGCCUUCUAGAAGGAACCAAAAAGCGCCGAAGCAAGAAGGACUCGGAAGUUUCAAAGAUGGAUCUUCUCCUGCGAGCCGCGGCGGCCCUCGGCGGCUUGGUGGCCGGACUUGGUGACUUGUUGACGGACAUAUUCCUGACGGCGCCGCGGGAGGCCACGCUGCAAUAUUUACAUGACGCCCCGCUCACCACCUUGACGGCAGAGAAGACGGCGCUGAGGGCCAAGAGUCUGUGGGAGAAGACGGGCGCGGUGGUCAUGGCGGUGCGCAGGCCGGGAUGAUUCCUGUGCAGAGAGGAGGCCGCCGAGCUGUCCUCUCUCAAGCCCCAGCUGGACCAGCUGGGGGUCCCCCUGUACGCCGUGGUCAAGGAGGACGUGGGCACGGAGGUCCAGGACUUCAGGGCCUACUUCAGCGGGGAGAUCUUCUUGGAUAAAGAGCGGCGCUUCUACGGACCUCGUGAGCGGCGUCUGGGCCUGCUGGCCUUCCUCCGCGCCGGGGUCUGGAUGAGCGGCCUCAGGGCCUUAAGGAAGGGCUUCACGGGGAACAUUCUGGGCGAGGGCUCGGUGCUGGGCGGCGUCUUCGUCGUGGGACGCCAACGUCAGGGGAUCCUGCUGGAACACCGAGAGAAGGAGUUUGGAGACAAGGUGACGUGUGGAGACGUGAUGCGAGCCGCCAGGAGCAUUCCACAGGACACCCUGUCCACCAUGAGUUAAUUGUGGUUAAUUAGGAUGCGUUAAUGAGUUGGGUCUGUUCAUGAAGGUCUGCUUGUCAACUCCACGGAGCAAACAGACUUGAUGUCUUCAGACUCGACUCCUGAGAACUCAUCUUCUUCAAUAAAACAUCUCUGCACUGCA